AUGGCUCCGUCCACACGCGCCGUGGUCCUCCUGGGACUAGUGCUUGCUUGCGGCGCAGUCCGAGUGGAAACCUCCGUAAUGUCCAUCAGCGGUCUCAGCUCCAGUGAAGAUGCCGUUUUUACGCCAGUGGCUGGACCUGACGCAAAUGAAUCUCCGCCGUGUGCCAUCCUCCCCACUUCAGGAGAGGCCACACUUGUGAACCUGAGCGCUCCUUUCGACAGCAGCUGUACAUGGCAUGGAGAUCUCGGGCUGAAGGUGCUUCUGAAGUCGCCGUUGGUUUUUGAAGCCAACCUCCUUCUGAAGGGUGACGUGCAUAUUAUAGCCGCAGCGGAGAUGGACGGACCCUGUAUUACAGUCCAUGGAGAUCUGCUGAUCAAAGGGCAUGCAAGCUUCUCUGGCUGUGUUAACAAGGCCACGCAGAGCAGAGGAGGUGCCAUUCGUACAAAUGGCAACGUCACGGUUUCCGGUGGCAGCACGCUGCAGCUUGACAACUGCCAGUUGGUGGUGCCUGGGUCGGAGAAUUUCUCCCAGAGUUUCAAUGCUUCGUUUCAUGCGACGAACUGCUCCGCCUCCAACAACGGCGGAGGUGUUUGUGUUGGAAGCUUUCAGCAAGAAGCCUAUGCCACAACCCAUUUGUUGAGCUGCUGGGCGAAGAAAUUUGGUGGUGGCCUACGCGUUUCCAACACCUUUACGCAGAGUUCGCACUCAGUUCUUCAUGUAAAAAACUGCUCAGCAAACAUCGGUGGCGGUGCAUCGGUUGAGGGAGGCUUUUAUCAGAAGGCCCACGGCAGCGCACGUUUUAGCAGCUGCAGCGCGAGGAAGUCUGGUGGUGGCCUGAGGGCUGGAAACGUCUAUCAGGACUUGAAGUCCUCCUUUCAUGCCGAGAACUGUGCAGCUACCGAAGAGGGUGGUGGCCUAUAUGUUGACAAGAACUUCACCCAGAUCUCGAAUGCAUCGCUUCACGCAGAUAGCUGCUCAGCACGUGACGGCGGAGGUGUCUUUGUCGGUACAAGCUAUGACCAGGAAGCCCACAGCACUGCACGUUUCACGAACUGCAGAGCGAGGCACGACGGUGGCGGCCUGCAUGCUGCAUUAUACACCCAAGGCUUGAACACGGUGCUCGUCGCUGAGAACUGCCGUGCCACUACGGGUGGUGGCAUCUUGGUUACCGGAAGGUUUCAUCAAAAAGAGCGCAGCUUUGCACGCUUCAGGAGCUGCAUGGCCGUAGCAGCAGGUGGAGGCCUGCAUGCCUCAGACUUCUACCAAACCUGGCAUUCCGCCCUGCAUACCGAGAAUUGUUUAUCAAAGAGCUCCCUUGUUGACACCGGUGGCGGCGGCGCCUUUGUUAGAGGAAGGUUUCACCAGAACAACCACAGCAAAGUACGUUUUGCGAGUUGCAGGGCAACGUUCGGUGGUGGCCUGCACGCAAAACAAGUGCACCAGCACUUGAACUCCUCCUUCGAAGCCGAGAACUGUACAGCAACCUAUGGUGGUGGUAUUCAUCUGUCCCGCCCAGACACAAUCCUCAGCAGUGCUUCCAGAGCUAGCUUUCAUCAAAGGGAAUACAGUUCUGUGCGGUUUAGCAAUUGCAGGGCGGAGAAGAGAGGUGGUGGUCUUGACGUUGAGGAUGACAUUGUGCAGGGCUUUGGCUCCUGGCUUCAUGCGGACCAGUGUGCGGCAACCCACGGCGGCGGCGUUUUCAUCGGGGGAAGCCUUAAUCAAACAGAGCACAGCUUGGCGAGAUUUACAAGCUGCAGUGCCAAGGAAAGCGGUGGGGGUGCGUGGAGUGCCGAUAUUCAUCAAGGAGACCACAGCUCUGCGAUCUUGGAGAACUGCUCUGCAAAAGAGGGCGGCGGGAUUUUCGUUAACGCGAGUUUGCACCAACAGGGACACAGCUCUUCCAGAUUUACGAGUUGCAAUGCAGAAGUCAUCGGUGGUGGUCUCCGCGUUCGUGGCGAUCUUAUCCAAAACAUGAGCAGCCAGUUGCAUGCAGAGGAUUGCUUUGCGAAGGCAGGUGGAGGCUUCUACGUAACCAACUUCUUUCAGGAGAAAGACAGCCAGGCUGAGUUCGUGAAUUGCACCGCUGUGCGGAACGGUGGCGGCAUGUUCGCCGAUGCCACAUUCGCUCAGGGCGCAGGUGGCCACACUCGCUUCGAGAGAUGCACGGCAUUGCAACAAGCUGGUGGAGGCCUAUCAGCCCGGGCGCUAUUCUCGAACGGUUCCAUCCAGUUUCGAUCCUGCAGUGCUGAAGCAGGGGGUGGGCUUCAUGUCCAAGAAGAUGGGAAAUUGCAUUGCGGAGUUUCUUUGCUCUUUCAGGACUGCACGGCCAAAUCAUUUGGUGGCGGGAUAUUGUCUGAGGCUGGUGAACAACAAGCUAUCGCAAAUCUGAGUUUCGAGCGCUGUCGGGCCAGAACUGCGUCGGUUCUCAUGAUGACUUCCAGCAUCGCUGACUUGCAACUCAAGCAGCUCUUCAUGACUGAUAACACAGGUAACGAUGGGGUGGACAUCAGUGCUGCAGGUAGCAUUGCAAUCGAAUCAGCUCAUUUUCACGCUCAAUCUGGCGGUGUCCAAAUCGAGACAGCGGAGACUUUGCAUCUGGAUGAUGUGCUGGACUGCACCAAUGUCAGCCGAUGUAGAUUCCGUGCCAAGACAGCGCAUGUGGCUGGGUUCCGAUGCCCGGUGGGCACAGGAACUGGCACCGGUUUAAAUUCGUUCGAUCAGGGCUGUUUGGUCUGUGCCGAGGGCUACACACAGGUUUUGUUCGGCAGCAGCGAGCCAUGCCUUCACUGCCCUGACAAAGCACGCCAAUGCUUUUCCAGCCACUUCGAGAUGGAGAGUGGGACGAUGGUGGAGCACACCAAUGUCAGCCGCAGCUUCCAUUGCCCAAACGAGGCUGCCUGCCCUGGCGGUCAAUUGCCGGCUGGAACCCCCAUGUGCGCUGAAGGCUACAAUGGCCCAGGUUGUGUUGCGUGCACAACCGGCCAUGCAAAGGCCGACAGCAGUGUGCUCUCCUGCACGAGGUGCAGUGACGAGAGACUUGUGCAGGCAUUGCAGUGGAUCCUUUUCCUCUCCCAGCGCCUUCUCCUGUUCGGCCUCACAGCCACGAGUGCCGGCGCCAAAAGCGCUGGCGACUUGAAGGAGAGCAGCAUUUAUUUGAAUCAGCUGAUGGCCUUCGCCACUAUAUCGACCAUGGUUUUCACAGCGGUGAUGCAGACCAAUACCGCGAAGGACCUGAAGAGCAAUGCCAUAACUUUCUUGUUUGGUGCUGCCAUGGUUGUGGCUGACACCGGGUCUGGCCAAGGUUCCCUUGGCUUCGCCUCCUCGCAGUGCUUGCUGUCCUACAUCGGCUUUCAGCAGACUCUCGGCAGCUCGCAUGUGUUGGACGUCACGGUGGCAGCCGUCCUAGUGGUAAUCCUGUCGUUGGUAAAGGACUCUCGUCUUGCUCUCGUUGCUGGAUUGAACUGCUUCUUGCCCAGCAUCGUUGCAGAUUUUGGCAAGUACAUGGUAUGUUAUCGCCUCGAGCCGGACGACGGCUCCGGCCUCGAGAGCCUGCAUUGCCCGUUUCUGCCGGAGGGCUCGAAGGGUGCAGGCUUCGUGCAGGUGUGCGCCGGCCUGAUCCUUUUCUUGACUCUCGCCCUUUUGGCAUGGGUCCGCCUUUCCAUGUCGAAGGAGGUUCCUCCUCCAAGUCAUGUUGUCUUCCUGACGAGCAAGUACAAGGAGAUGUAUGCCCUUUUUGAGACGGAGCGGUUGGUGAGGAAGACGCUCUUGACCUUGAUCGGAGCCAUGCUCCCCAUUGCAUCUGCACCGGCUCUUCAGAUGGGUUGUCUAGGUGGGGUGGUCUUCUCCUCGUUGAUGCUUUAUGGUGUAGCCCAGCCGUAUCAUACUCCGGCAUGGAAUCGGAGUGAGAUUGCCUUGCUGGCCACCGCCACGUACAUGAUUUUUAUGGUUUCCAGCUUGCUUGCGAACGAGUUCCACUGGGGUCACUCAGUGGCCACCCAGCAGUUCAUCAUCGCCUCCACGCUGAUCCUCGGCGGCGUGGUGAGCUCCUACAUGAGCUUCCGAGUGUUCCGGGAGCUGAUUGUAGAACAGACCCGAGCCGUGACUCAGGUCGGCACAAACUCGCAGAGUGUGCAUGCCUUGACCUCACUGGCGAGGCUCCAGCCGCGUUUUGCGCUGAAACCGCGCGAGGAGGGAGGUGCCGUGGUCCUGCGAGAGAAGAAGGCGCCCGAACAGCGGCGACGUGUCUUUACAGGUCCCGCGGAGGAUGUCGAGGAGGAGGAGGUGAAGCCUUUGUUGGUGAAGCGCCUGUCCUCCUCAGCACCACCGCCCCCGCCUCCCUUCGACGAGAAUGGCGAAGAGGCCGCGCGCAGGCAUUGUGUUUUCUUUCACAAUGCCCCCAAAAGGGUCAGUGAGGGAGUGCUCAAGCGCGUUUUCGAACGGGCUGGCUCCGUGAAGAGACUUCGUAUCUUCCGAGAAGAUGGCAAGUCUCAGGGCAUGGGACUUUGUGAGUUUGUGUCCCCAGAGGGGGCACUGGCGGCAGCCCACAUUCUGGAUGGUGAGAGGAUCGACCCUUCAGAGCUGACUCCGCUUGCAGAGCCUCCACGCACUGCAGCGCCUCGAAACGAGGGCCGACGGAACGAACAGCGGAACUCGAGACAUGCCCAGGCACAGAGGCGGGGCCCCGACAAGAGAGCCCGAACAGGCUCGUCUCCUGGUGCCCGCCAAGCGAAGACGGAGGAGACCUCAGAGCUGAAGCCGCUGGGGGUGUUAAUGAGUCCACCACCACCGCCUCCUCAGCCUGUUCUCAAGUCGAGGACUGCCAGAGAAACUCAGGUAAAGGCUGAAGUCGAGGAUGCGAAAGUCCUAGCCCCGAGUGAAGCUGCGGAUGGCCGCAUCUCCUUCUACAGCCCCAAACAGAAGUCUGAGCAGUCGGAAACCGAAUGCAAGGCCGAGGAUUCGGACUCGGUCUCGCAUUGCACGGACGCUCGCGCAGAACAGGCUCCCGAACUUUCCAGCGAGGAGUCCUGCGAGGUGGAGACCAAGCAGGAGGCCCCUGCAAAGGAUCUCGACGAGGAGAUGAAGCCCGUUGAAGAACCUGCAAAGCCCGAAGUCUUCUCUGAGCCCGAAGCCGAGGAGUCUUCCUGUGUGUAUUUCCACAACGUGCCCUUCGAAGUGAACGAAGAGGACUUGCUGCCGCUCUUUGAACGUGCUGGUCCCGUGAAAGCCCUUCGCCUCUUCACCCUGAAGGAUGGACGAUCCCGAGGCCAAGGGCUUUGCCAGUUCGAGCGGGCGGGUGUCGCAGAGAAGGCGGUUCGGAUCCUCGCCGGCUGCUUCCUCGCCAACCCAAGCAAUGACUCCGAGAAAGAUUCCCGGGAAUUGCAUGUGAAGAUCCACAAGGGAAACACGAAGAUCCUCGACAAUGCCCGUGCUGUCGGUCAGCUGGGUCUCGGUGCAAUGAUGGGCAGCGCCGGUUCUCCUGCGACGCCGCCUCCCUCCUUCACGCUGCCGGCUGUGCCGCCGCCAUCGCCAGUACCGGCAAGUGCUCCUGCCAGCCGGUGCCGGUGCUGCAGCCUCGGCCUCUACAGGUGCCCCGGCUUUUUGUUUAUCGGAGUCUCGUUCAACACUCUGUCCGAAAACUUAAGGACUGCUGUGAAGCCUCCCGUGGUUCAGCCCGGAGUCGCCAAG